AUGUACAAAGAUGGCAGAUAUUCUGAUGUCACUUUGAAGGUCAGUGAAGACCGACGGCUUUCAGCUCAUCGUGUUGUUCUGGCCUCUUUUAGUCCUUACUUUGAAGCCUUGUUCGGGAAAAACUGGGACGAUGGAGAGAAAAAAGAGAUAGAAGUUCUUGGCUUUGACGAGAAUGCUGUCAGCGAUUUGAUCGAAUUCGCAUAUUCGGGCGAAAUUGACAUCAGCAAAGACAAUGUGCAAACUUUGCUCGAGGCAUCCAAUUAUUUGCAGGUGGAGUUUGUCAAGAAAUCGUGCGGAGAUUUUCUGAAAGGUGCAAUUAAUGAUAAAACUUAUCCUAGCAUCUGGCGGCUUGCUGAUUUGUUUGCGCUGGAAGAGCUAAUGAAGGAGGCUAAAAAGCACUUUUUGCUGCAUUUUACUGAAGCCACUCGGAUGGAAGAGUUUUUGUCGCUUCCAAUUGGUUUCCUGAAAGAGGUUCUUGCUGACGAAGGUAUCUGUGUGGUUAUCGAGAGCCUGAUUCCGUCCCAAGAGGAAAGGGAAAAGGUCGUGCUGGAGGCCGUUUUGAAGUAUGUUGAGCAUGAUAUCGACAACCGAAAAAGGCAUUUUACCGAAUUGUUAUCCUUGGUACGACUCCCAACUUUAUCAGAGUCUUAUCUGGAAGAAAUCUCGGAACACAAACUUAUUAUAGACUCCAGCAGAGGAAUCAUUUCAAAGGCUCGGAAGUUGAAAAUUGAUUCCCCCGAGAAAGAUUCAGCCGAUGAAAUGUGGGCGACCACUCGGGCGUUUGCCAAACCUGCUGUCAGUUGGGGGCGUUCCUUUGCUAAUCGUGGCAACGUACAUCCUGAAACAUCUCAUUACAACAACAAAGAGGCUGCUGAAGAUCUUGGCAGUGACGUCUUCAUAAAGGGAAUGAAACUUUGGAUUCGACGCUGGCAUGGGAAUGGGACGCCUAUCCUGGGAGGGCUGAAGAUUUUUUAUAAUCAUGAUGGUGACCAAGAGAUUACGAUGGGAAGUGACUCUGAUCAGUCCGAACACCAUGAAUUUCACUUGGAAAAAAAUGAAAGGAUCGUCAAAGUUGAUGUUAAUUCUGGAUGUAUGAUUGACCGCCUCUCCUUUUACACCAACAAGAAAGAUGAAAAUGGUGACCCUAAAUGUUAUGGUCCUUAUGGAGGGAAUGGUGGAAAGUUUUACACUGAGACUCCACCAGGGUCGUACGGUUUCCUGGCCGGAAUUAGUGUUGUUGACUCACGGGGUGACGGUAUCACCAGACUUCAGUUUGCUUGGAGGACAUAUGUACUUCCUGGUGACCCAGAGCCAAAUGGGUAAUGUACAACAACUAUUAUCUGAAGAAAAAUUACACAUAUUUAAAAACUAAUGACAACAUAUCAUUAAAGUAGCCUCGUGUUUUUUAUUGUGAUUCUAAAAAUAGACGAUUUAAUUUAAACAUUUGCCAUGAUUUUUCCUGUUGUUACCUGACUUUGAAUACAAAAUGAAUUUAUUUUCCAUUUUUCAUUAUGAUAACUUUUCUGUCCAUUUAAGUAAGUACUGCUUCUAGAGAGUUGAUCCAAUAUCAAUUUGUGUACUUUAUAUGUGAUUGGUUACAUGAUACAAAGUGUGGCCAUUAAAGGGUAACUGACGGCUAAAAGGUCACUUUUUGGGAAUACCGUCUAAAUGCUUCAGGUAUCACAUAGAAACAGAUACAAGAAGCUUCUUUGAGUUUUCUUUUUCCGGCGGGAAAACUGUCCCAAAAUCCAGCUUAGCCGCAAUCGCUUCGAUUUUGAUCAUGUGACCCUAUACGUCACACGUGUGUUCUUUAGCAAAUUAAAUAUGGCGGAUAGUACCUCGUUUGAAAGCAGUUCGAUUCCGGGGUCUGAGUAUUUGGAUUUUAAGGCCUCGAUGGAAGGUGAACAUAAUGAAAGGGUUUAUGAACUUGUUAGUAAAAUCAGGCUGUCGCGAUUUCCAUUCUCAGGACGAACCUAGAAGAGACUGCGAGAGUCAGAAGAGGAUCAUUGGCCGUGCGCCGCGGCCGCCUCGAUCAAGAAAGCGAGAAUGGUGAGUGCAUUUACGCUUGUAAAUAAAGUAUCUGAAAAUGACUCGCUUAUUAAAUAUAGGAGCGAUCAAGUAAAGAAAACCAAUUGUGCAGACUCUUGAAUACCAUGGGAGCGAAGAGUUUUUAUGCUACACGCACGCACUUUCCGAAGCUAAGUUUUCACUGACUGAAAGAUAAACAUACACGCUUUUUGAGGUGAAUUGGAUGGAUUGUACACGUUUCCACGCGAUUGAAUCGGUUUUAAGUUCUCCUGUGUUGAAUUUGGCGAACGAGUUAAGAUUUCUCGGCUUUUACUUUAAAACACGAUGCAGCAGAAAAUAGCAUCGGCAUAUGUAGAAUUGAACAUCCUCUUAAUAUUAACUUAUUGUUUAAUUGUGGUCUUUGCACCUUGUUUGUUGCCUAAAGUUUGAGUUAUCUCUCACGUUUGUGACAGUUACAGAGUUCAUAACUGUUCCUUUUGGUCAAACCAAUCAUACAAGUUGUGCUCUCUAUUCUUCUAUUCAACAUCGUGAAAAAAAUUGCUACUGAUUUUAUUUCAAGGUGUCAUUGUGGAAACUGCCAAUCAGUGUGAAGGGAGAAAGAAAACAUCUUUAGCCAAAAAGUAAAUGUGGUAAAAAAUAAAAAUUUGGAGGAUGUUACAGUGGAACAGUUUGAUAAGGCAGAAGAAUUUGGUGCUUAAAUGUCUUAACAAUAACUGGCAGACCCUUAAUUUUCAUUACCAGACUGUUUGACAGUGCCUUGAAAUAGCAAGCAGAAUUUUGUUUGGGACUGAUCUCACCUCCAAAGGUACUUGGGAAUAAUGAAUGUGACCCAGGUUUUUUUUCUAAUCUGGUGAAUUUUUAUCCUGGGUUCACUGCCUACAAUACCUAUAGUUAUGUUACCAUAACAGCUUAACUCUGACCUACACUGAUCAUGUUUGGAACAACCUAAUCCAGAAAAUUUUAUGUCCAGCUUGCAUACCACAGCUUUUUGUUUGUGUUCUGAUGCAAUGCCAACAGGGAGAACAAACUCUCCAGUUACCAUUGAUAGUAACUAGUUUAGAAAAAAGGAUAAUGUCUUUGUCUCAAAGUGAUUCCUCAGAAAAAUCAAAGUGCUCUGUGAGCAAACUCAUGAAUUGGCAGAUGACUUACAUGAUUUUUUUGGAUUAUGUUCAAUGUUAUCUGGUUAAAGGAAUUUUGUGAUUGAUUGUCUUAUUUAAAGUACGAGCAGUAGUCCAGUGUUCACUAAUGUAGCAAAGAAACAAAGUAAUGUUGGGAUAAGAAGGCAUUACAACUGAAAUGAUCAUGCUAUUACAUUUGACAAGGGUGGAUGAUGUCAUGUGUUUUAAACAUACAUCAUUUUUGUUUCUGGUUCAAGAAAAUGUUGGAAGUAAAUGUGGGUGAAAAGUGAAAUUUACUAUCUAUCAUAGUAAAUAUGGGAAAAUCAAGGCAAUAUUGUCUUAAUGAAAACAUUAAUGAUUCCCUCUUUAUAUUUGGAAAAAACAGGAACAAGUCAGGAAUCGAACCAAUCAAGCAAGCGAGCGAGUGCUAUUCUCCACAUCAUAUCUACAACUCACUCUUGCGCGUGCGUGCAAUUCACAAGUUAAAAAGUUAGCGAACAAUUGUUUUAUACUCUCCUUAAAUAUUCUUUACCAUUGGCUUGAAAAUUUACAAUAAAAAAGAUAGUUUGCCAUGCUUGUUUUAUUAAGAGGGCAUAGUUCAUUUUGCAGAAGUUGGAAGCAAGGGUUUUUAAAGUAUGAAAUGUUUGCUUCCACCAGGGUUAAAGUGAUCCCACAAAAAAUAAGUUAUCAAACAAUUUAUUUAUACUCUCCUUAAAUGUUCUUUACCAUUGGCUUGAAAAUUUACAAUAAAAAAGAUAGUUUGCUGUGCUUGUUUUAUUAAGAGGGCAUAGUUCAUUUUGCAGAAGUUGGAAGUAAGGGUUUUUAAAGUAUGGAAUGAUAGAGAACAAUUCGAUAUAUAAUUUGUGGAAAAAUCAAGAUUUUAAACAACAUUGACUUGAAAGAUUCUCAAAUCAUCUAUGUCAAGGUCAUAAUUUGCUUCAAUUAAUUGGCUUGAUGGGCAAUGCAAUUCUAAGGAAUCACCUGAAGUGACUUAUCACACCUGUAUAGCUUGUAUUUAGUCAUAUAACUGAUUGUUCUAUUGUACCUAACCCUUUCACUCCCAGUGAUGACCAAAUUUGAAUUUCUCCUAACAGUUCCAAUCAAGUUUCAGGCAAAAGGUUCUUGAGAAGAAAGAAACAUGUCAAUUAGCAGACACCCUCUGAUUUGACACUAAAUUUUCUGAGUGAAAAUGUUUUGAAAUGUAGGGCAGACAGUGUGGAGAAUUGAAAUUUAGAUCUGAGGAGUGAGAGGGGGAAUGGUUGCCAGACCCUUCAUGAUUAAAAAUUGUCAAACACCUAAGCUCACUUCAUAUGCUUUACCUCUCAGCUGCUGCACUAGAACUUUUAGAAAUGCAUUAAGUAUUAAUUACGUGUUUUUGUUAUUUCUUUUUUCUAGGUAGAAAUACUUAAUGUGUUGUUUGAGUAUGUGGUACUUGCGAAGGACUUUUUAAGGACGAUGUAACCAAUGGAUCCACUGAAACUAGUUUAAAUUUAUGGCCAGAAAUACAAAACUAUUUUUGCCAGUUAUCUAUUGGAGGGCAUUCAUCACAGAACUUUUUCUUAAAAAUACUUUGUAAAUGUUGAGAACCAACAUUAUGUGUUACAAAUUUUGUAUAUUCAGGACCUUAAAAGUCAAAUUUGUGUUCUAUAAAAUUAUCAUGAUCACAGUGAUUUUUCAAAUAAUUUUCUGUCAAUGAUAGGUUGAGAGCUUGAGUCAAAAGUUGGCCCCUUCAUGAUGUUUGGAUUGUUUUUCUGGUGGAAGCAAACAUUCAUUUGGGCUUUGGGAUGCAGGCCUUGUUAUAAGUUCAUAAGUCAAGUUCAGCCUUUGUGUGAUGGACCUUGUGCUAGGGGUUGCAAGUCAAAGUUUUUCUUUUGUUUAACUGUUCAGUAAUAGAUCACAGAUGGUGUCAAAAUGUGUCAAGGACAAGAAAAGUGGCACAUGAGGUGCAUAAAAAUAAUUGAUAAAAUCUGUUAUUAAAAAUAUUAACUGAGAGGCCAGACAAAUUUUCCCAGGCAGGGACUGUAGGUGUUUUCAUGCAAUUAUCAGAAUAUAUAGCUACUUCAGAAAUCUUUGACAGGGAACUUAAGCUUUCUUGGGAAAGUGUGAAAGCUGUAUUUAUAGUUGAAAGAACUCAAGACCUGUAGGUUAAAGUAGAUGGGACGGUUAAAAUGUGCUUGAAUCUACUAUUUCCCACUUUGGGGAAGUCUUACUUAAGUUGGAUAAGCAGCCUUUGUGUGAUGGAACUUUAGCUAGGGGUAGCAUCAACUCUUCACUGUAACAGAAUUCUUAUAAAAUAGACAUACUCUGUGAGUGAUAAUGGGAGAUGUGGUUGUAAUGGUUAUGCUGAAGAACUUUUUGUUGCACAAUGUCUACACCAGGUCUCUGAUUCCAUGUAUCCAGCAUGGUACUAAUCAUGUUUGGAACAACUGAAUCCAGAAAAUUUUAUGUCCAGCUUACAUAGCACAGCUUUUUGUUUGAGUUCUGAUGCAAUGCCAACAGGGAGAACAAACUCUUCUGUCACCAUAACACAACUAUAUUAUGCCUAGUUAUUUAAAUAAUUUAUUACCGGUAGUUAGAAAUUCAGAAAUUCAUAAUCAAGCCACUAGACAUUCAAAUAUCAAGUCUGAUGUGCCCUAAGGAUAAACGAAAAUCAGAAGUAGGUCAUACUUUCACUAUUAGGACUAUAAAGGACAGGAAUUGUAUGAAUGCUAAUAUAAGAAAUAAUGGCCCACUUGCAAGUUUUAAGCACCAUGUUUUUAAAUCCUUUCUAGCUGAACAAAAGGCUGCAAUGUGCCUUAGACCAUAAUUUUGUAUAUAUGAAUUAUUUCUUAUAUUUUAUCUUUUUAAUAUGGUAUAUAUUAUUGUUAUUAGUUGUGGCAUCUAUAUUUUGUAAUUGUUUGAGGGCCACAGAGUCAUCAGUGUCUUUGGGCUUCUGUUAAGUGUUUGUUACCCUCUCUAAAUAAAGCCUAUUAUUAUUAUUAUUAUUAUUAUUAUUAUUAUUAUUAUUAGUGUUAUUAUUACCAUAGAUUAUCUAGUAUAGAAAAAACGGAUAAUGGUUAACAUAAGACUUUGUCUUAAAGUGAUUCCUCAGAAAAAAAAAAGAUAUCAAACAAUUUUUUUAAACUUUCCUUAAAUGCUCCCUCUCAUUGUUUGUUUUGAAAAAUACAAUAAAAGAGAUAGUUCAGUGUGCUUGUUUAAUUAACUCUUUAACUCCUAAGAGUGACUAGCAUCUAAUUUCUCCUUACAAUAUCACCCCUGAAUCAUGCAGUAUCAUCAUCAUCAUCAUCAUCAUCAUAUUUUUAUUUGCCUUAUUUACAUAAUACAAAAAAAAAAUUUAUUUACAGCGGUUAUAGCUAGAAGGCGAGGAGACCCAGGAAGCCACCGGGCUUAUGGGAGAGCCACCUCACUUACAUUAAUAAAUUAAGUAAAGAAAAAGUGCUGCGAAUGUGCGGCUAGGCCAACUCAAGGAUUAUUUAAGUAAAAACUCUUGCAUUUUCGUCUUAAAACUAAGAAGGUUUGACGAACGAGUGACUGAAACAGGAAGAGAGGUCCAAAUUUUAGGACCUUGGUAAAGAAUUGUAAAUUGCUUGAGAUUUGUACGGCACAAAUGCGUUCGAUAAUUACUGGCUGUUCUGUUACCAUAGUUGUGAAUUUGGCUAUUUGUUACAAAAAAUCUCCUUGUCGGUACCUUAGGAAAUGUUUAGGGAACAGUAUGGGAAAUACCUUAACUGAUAUUAGGGUAUAAAAGGUUAAGAGGUACCGUGCUCUUUCAAGAGCUAAAGACCAUGGUACCUCUUUUUCAUUUGUUGAAAAACAACAACGUGUUUUAAGAAUGCACGCGCUUAUUUGCUUAUUUAUUGGUUUAUGUGAGGUUUAUGCACAGUACAGUACAGGCAUGGAGAAUUUGUUUACCGAUCAAGAGUUUCUUUAGUCGGUGAUCAUUUCCUUUGUUCUCGUGACUUAAAUGUGUGAUUCAGGGAUAAUAAUUGUUAUGAGAAAUUAGAUGCUGAUGCAUGUUUUCGCCGGUUAACGAAGCCAGACGGUUGCACUAGUCGGUGAAAGUAUUGACGUAUGAAUUGGUGACAUCUUGGAAUGGCUAUAAUCAGCAUGGUUAGAUUUUCUGAGAAGCACUUUGACUCUUUCCUAAUAGUGACUUGUAUCUAAUUUCCCCUUACUAACAGUAAAACUGCUGAAUCAUUCAUUAACCCUUUAACUCCCACGAGUGACCAAGACCGAAUUUCUCCAAGCAAUAUCAAUACAAUAUCAAUCAGACAGGUAAUGAAAAUGUAUAAAAGUGUGAGUUUGACUUUAUUUCAUUCGAAUUCCUGGGUGGAUAGUGUCCCUGUAGAUCAGUGAUGACGACGGGUUUUCGAGCCUGUCCUCUCAGUGCUUGGCUACGUUGAAGUUUGAAUCGGGAAUCACGCGUCGAAACAAAAACUUGACGGUUCUGAAUAGCGUAAUGAUUUUUACAAAGCAAUUAGACAAAAAUAAUGACAUUCAGUUCUCAUAGCUACAUCAGCUCUGGCAGCUAUAUAAAAUUUUCUAGUUUUGAUUGUAGCAGAUUCAUUCCGGCCCUGGACUGAUAGUGCCAAUUACCAUGACCGCCAAUCGAACUGAGGUAUUUUGGUCCUCUCCAGAUGUAUUAAUAAAGAAACAAAGCUAUACUCAGCUUCGAAAAUGAAGGUAAAAUAUAUUGCUUUUGAUUGAUUGCAAGCAACGUGAUUAAACCGAAAGAUCAGGAUUUCCCUUGGUAUAAAAAUCGUCUACAUGGCCACUGCCAAGAGAUUGUGAACUUCUUCUUUUGUCAGCUCUCUUUCGACGAAUAUUAAUCUGAAAAUUUUAACGCAAAAGAUUACAGCCAUGGUUCCAAACUGCUGAAGGGACUUUUGACCAUGUAUUCCACCUGAGUGUGACAUCUGGUAACUAGUCACCCCGACUUCCGCUGUCAACUAAAAUCUAAAGACUUUGCAGACUACGUUAGCGAAACCGAACAUUUAAACUUUUCUCUUCUCGGAAAAUCUUCAAAAUGGCCGCAAUGAAAAGAGGUUUACCUUCUCUGGAAAGGUAUUUUUCGACGGAGUUGGAAACCUUACAUGCAAACGAUCCAAGCCAUGGCUGUAAUCUGCUGAAGGGGCUUUUGACCAUGUACAAAGAUGGCAGAUAUUCUGAUGUCACUUUAAAGAUUAGUGAAGACCGACGGCUUUCAGUUCAUCGUGUUGUUCUGGCCUCUUUUAGUCCUUACUUUGAAGCCUUGUUCGGGAAAAACUGGGCCGAUGGAGAGAAAAAAGAGAUAGAAGUUCUUGGCUUUGACGAGAAUGCUGUCAGCGAUUUGAUCGAAUUCGCAUAUUCGGGCAAAAUUGACAUCAGCAAAGACAAUGUGCAAACUUUGCUCGAGGUAUCCAAUUAUUUGCAGGUGGAGUUUGUCAAGGAAUCGUGCGGAGAUUUUCUGAAAGGUGCAAUUAAUGAUAAAACUUGUCCUAGCAUCUGGCAGCUUGCUGAUUUGUUUGCGCUGGAAGAGCUAAUGAAGGAGGCUAAAAAGCACUUUUUGCUGCAUUUUACCAAAGUCACUCGGAUGAAAGAGUUUUUGUCGCUUAAAAGGUUUCCUGAAAGAGAUUCUUUGAUGAAGGUAUUUGCGUGGUUAUCGAGAGCCUGA